AUGAAUUACCGUAAUCUAGAUGUCCAAAAAGUUAAUUUCUAUGUCAAUCUACGCAACUAUCCACCCGGUCCUACACCGCUGCCACUGAUUGGCAAUAUAUUACUGUUUCGCAAUAUUAAACGGCACUUGAAUGAGGAGUUGAGACAGUUGUACGAAAUAUAUGGUCCGGUAGUGACGGUAUGGGUCGGACCCAAACCAGUUGUGUUCGUUGGAAACCCCGCUGUCGUCAAAGAAGCCUUUUCUCGGCCACAAUUCAUGGGACGAAUGGACACAAUGUUAAAUGGAGUCCAGGUCUGGUGGGCGUGGCUGGACUGGGGCUGGACUCCUCACAAACGACAGCGAUUAGCGUCAGAUUGUCCUCUGGUUAAGCCUUCACAGCGAGUGUUGGGUCCCAAAGCCUUUGUGUGCCGUCAGGGCUCAGGGCUUACUCCUGUUUGGGUCCCAAAGCCUUUGUGUGCCGUCAGGGCUCAGGGCUUACUCCUGAGGACACUUAAAUCAUUGACACAUUUACAAAUAUAUAUGAGUCGAGCAAUUCAUUCAAUACAAAUGUGGGGCAAAGACAGAAGGGAUAGAGCGGCUCGUAUUUUCAACAACAGAGAGCACCGGAACGUUGCAUUCAAUUCGCACCAAUUGAGCUGGGAAAAUUAUUUGCUAAACGUAUUGAAAACACACGAAAUGACUUACGACGAGAACAAUUGCCGAGACGUUUGCGAUAUGUUUAUCGGCGCUAAACGUAAGGCUGAGGCCGAGUGCCGGCCGGGGGUGGAGUGGCUUACAGAUGACAAUAUAACCGCAACCUUUAUAGAUCUAUUUGUUGAUUAUUGUCCACCGCAGCUAUGCUGUAUGCGCUGUGAAGUUACCGACCAUAAUAAACAGCGUAUGAAACUCCUGACCGAGCAAAAGUUGAGGGCAGAGAUCGAUGAGGUGUUGGGCGAUAGAGUGGCCACAAUGCGAGACAAACCCCGUAUGCAUUGCGUGCAGGCGUUUAUCGCAGAGGCUCUACGCUAUCGCACAGCCGUCCCAAUCGGCUCUCCACGGGUUACACUAUCGGACACUACUAUCGCUGGCAAAUACCCAAUACCUGCUCAAACGAUGGUGCUGCAACACACUUACAAUAUGUUUAUUAAUAGUAAAUAUUGGCCGCGUUCGAGCAUAUUUCAUCCGGGUCGGUUUCUGGACAAACAUGGUCGUUUUGUGACAUUGCGCUCGACUUCAUUCAUGCCUUUUGGCGCCGGCCGUCGUGUAUGUCUCGGGGAAGUGAUGGCCACUAAUAUUGUGUUUAUAUUUGUGAUCCGAUUCCUGCAAUUAACACGCGAUCAUCCGAUUAGACUGACCCACAAAUACCGUACGGCCCAUACGUUAGAGCCG